CCAUUUGCUUUGGGUAUGUAAUGAAAAUAUAGUAAUAUAUAUUAGUUGCCCUAUUAUUUGUGUUUAUUCUUUUUAUUUAAUAAGUACCCAAAACAUGCCAUCCCUGCACCUUGCCUUCACUGCCUGUAGUGACAGCAUAGCCUCCAUAGACAUGGUCUUGAGGGCACAUGAUAGCUGCUUUGCUGAAGCUAAGCAAGACUGGGUGUGAUUAAUGCCUGAAGGAAGAGUGGCUGGGAACUCCGAGUACGCUACCUCUAGUACCAUAAUGGAUGAAAAAUGGGAUUUAAUGUACUUAAAUGAUUAGAACCUGUCCCCAAUACAUAUGACUGGUAACAUGUCAGUACUCUUCUCUCUUGGAGGAAGAGACUGAUUGGGACAGAGGCUUUCGCCUUGAAAUGGUGAAGACUAGCCUUGGGACGAUGUUGCUAUGCAAGGUGUUUGCAUGUGAUGCUCACAGAACUGAUGCAAGAUAAUCCCACAGUAUUUGCCUUCUCUUAGAAGCCACAACAAACUACACUGCUGAUCAGUUCUUGCACUUGACUAUCAUUUAUCUCUGAUGCUGUCUGCCCGGGCUCUUCCUGGGAGAUGGCAGCCUGGAUACCAUUUCAAUGUGCUACAGACAAGCAUGAGAUAUCAGGAGUGCCUUUUCUCUUUGGCCAGGUAGCAGUGGUGGUGGUAUGGAGCAGUGGAUGAAGGAGAGAGUACAACGCAGCACUCCCAUUCAGUAAUUUCUAAUUUCUGUCAGGUGUCUUUUUUUUAAUAUAGGGGAGCAGAACACACCUAUAGUCUGAAGUGGUACAGUCCAGAAUUCUACCACCUCAUAGUGUGCAAUGUGUAGAAUGUGACUUAGUCAUGUGCCAGAAUUAGAUGAGAACUGGCCACAAUGUAUUUCUAAACAUCCAAGCUGAAAACUAAAAUGAGACAGCAGAACCUAUGCUCUAGUGGGAUUCUGUUUACAUUACUGUAAUAGGCCAGACCUAAACGGUUAACCGAGGAUUUCUCUUCAUGGGAAGGAGAGUUGUGAACAGAGAGGCAUUCUACAUUCCCAAAAAACUGCAUUGCCAAAAGAAGCAGCUUACAUCAUGGGUUGCUGUAGCGUUCCCACACAUUUUGCUCCUAAUUACUGUCCUGCUGGACAGCUGAGCUGUUUCAAACAGGAAGCUGUUUAUAGAUAACGCUUGCAACUGUUAGGUCUGAUUUGCUGAAUGUCGAAGACCAGGAGACGAUUUUGCUUCAAAUUAAAAAUGAUCAGGCUUUUGUAAAUAGUAGCAAUGAGGUUCAUCUCUACAGUGUCCCUCCAGACAGAGGCUGUGCUACCGUGCCUGUUUUCUCUGCAAUCAUAAGGAACAAAGGAAUCUGCCUUAUACCGACUCAGGCCACUUGGUACUAUCUAGCUCAGAACUGAUGACACGAAUUAGCAUUGGCUCUCCAAGAUUCCAGGAGUAAGGGACAAGCUCAUUAUGAAGAGUGAUCUGGUUUUCUUUGUCUCUGUAAUUAGCCUUGCCUUCCUGUCUCUGCCAGGAUCUGGAUAUACUCAGCAUAUCGCAGAAGAGUCCUGCUCUGUUCAGAUUCUGGUUCCCGGCCUCAAAGGGGAAGUUGGAGAAAAGGGGGAGAAAGGUGCUCCAGGCCGCCCAGGACGAGUUGGACCUCCAGGAGAAAAAGGAGAAAUGGGGGAGAAAGGACAAAAAGGUAGCAUAGGGCGACAUGGAAAAAUUGGUCCCAUUGGUUCAAAAGGAGAAAAAGGAGAUAACGGGGAUAUAGGCCCACCUGGUCCUAAUGGAGAUCCAGGCAUUCCUUGUGAAUGUGGCCAGCUACGAACAGCCAUUGGUAAAAUGGAUAACCAAGUGACCUUGCUGACAACUGAGUUAAAGUUCAUUAAAAAAGCACUGCCCUCCCCCGCAGCUGUUGCUGGUGUGCGUGAGACAGAUAAUAAGACAUACUUGCUGGUGAAAGAAGACAAGAGGUAUAUGGAUGCCCAGCUCUAUUGCCAAGGAAGAGGAGGAACACUGAGCAUGCCGAAGGAUGAAAACACCAAUAGCCUAAUCGCUUCAUACAUCAAUCAAGCUGGUCUCAGCAGAGUUUUCAUUGGCAUUAACGACCUAGAGAAGGAAGGCAAUUUUGUGUACUCCGACCGAUCCCCAAUGCAGACCUUCAACAAAUGGAGCACUGGCGAACCAAAUAAUGCUUACGAUGAUGAGGACUGUGUAGAAAUGAUAGCCUCCGGGGGCUGGAAUGAUGUUGCCUGUCAUAUUACAAUGAAUUUUGUUUGUGAAUUUGACAAAGAGAAUGUGUAGAAAUACUCAGAUCCCCCCCCCCCCGCUCCAUUUUUGAAUACUACCUUGUGUGAAAGUUAGGCUAUGUGUCUGCAUUAUAUGUUUUUAUGUACCUGAAUAACUGGUACAGUCCAAAUAUCAUCCUCAUCUGCUGUUUAUGCAUUUUUUGUCUGUGUUUGCACAUAAUGCUAAGCCUUGGUUUGUUUUAACCAUGAUUUAUUCAAUAAACCACAAAUCACCUCACAGAAGCUUUUGUUUCUCCAAAGAUUGACUUUCUUCCCAGCUGCUCUUGCUUUGUGCAUUUGUAGCUUGAUAAGCGUUAGGGGUAGGGUGAUAAAAAAAACACCCCAUGCUUAUGUAAGGAUGUUGGGGUUGGACAUAAUGCAAAUGAUAGUUAAAAUAAAACAUGGUUCGCAACCCAGCAAAGAAAACAUGGGUUCACAUUGUGGUUUGUUGGCAGAAAACAAACGAUGGUUAGUCUGCUGGGUUGGGUUCACAUGUUCAAACAAACCAAAGUUAAGUUAAACCGUGGCUUAGCAGUAUAUGUGAACCAUACCUUUGUAUGAAAGUUAGUACCUUGUUUAUGAGGUACUAAUCUUUCAGGAAUCUUCAUAGCAGUCUGGACAAAUAUCCCAGAAUAUCCUCAUCUCUGUCAGUGUUCCAAAGUUCUUCAGUCACCAAAAAUGUACCACAACAUUUAUUUUUAUGCAUUUAGUUCUGAUUAUGUGCAUAUCUAUCGUGCAGAAAACCUCAAAGCUGCUGUAUGUGUGUGUGUGUGUACAUGCGUGAAACCUUACAAGAUCCAGGCAUGGUGUGUGCCAAGCGUCCCCAUUCCAUUUUUGUGUGCACACAUAGCACAGCUGUGUUUGUUUUGUUUUGAAAUUAAAGCACCGUCCCAUGUGUUAUUCUGGCACUGCUGCUCUUUCCAUGGUGGAGCAGGAGCACUCCUUCCCAUUGGUCAUGCAUGUGACCUCAUAUAUAAAGUACACACCCCAUGUUGACACCCAGGCACAUGGAUGUUCACAGUACAUGCAGUUUUUCUUCCACAAAAAAGGGGAGGGGAACGCCCAUUCAGUUGUGUUGCUUCAUACAUAAAGAUAUGUUCCUUGUGGAGAAAAAAGGGGCAUGCUCAGUCCUCUGCAAUGCAGUGAGGAAUGCCUCCAAGACUCAUUCAUUUCAACAAGGCUUGCACUGAAGACCUUCCCAGUUGAUUAAAGAACAGCACACAGUCCUGGAUGGUAGUAAGCAGAUGUGAACAUCAAAUAUGUUAAGAAUAGCAAUGAGGAAUUAAUGGACAAACUUAGUAAUUAAGAUCUAUAACAAGGACUGCUGAUGUCAAUCUUCUCCAAAACCUACCUUAAUUACUUUUGUUGAUAAAGUUUUUAUAGUGGCAUUUUUAGAAAUAUUAGCAUUGUACAGCUGUAAAUAUAAUCUAGGUAUUUCAAAUAUCAAUAGUUACCCUUCAGAAGGGAAGAACAGAGUUAAUAGAGACAUGGUUUAAAGAAAUGUGGCCAUAAUCCAACACAAAAUUAGGCAUACCUAAACCACUUGAAAUCAGUGGACUUAAACUCAGUUUUGCGAUAGAUUGUGGCCUAUAGGUCUUUAGGCAGAAAAUAUAAAUUGAGUUGUUUGUUGAGAUUAAUGAAGAUGUACAACUACAGUGGAAUGUAGAUUUUACAUUUAUGUUGUUUUUUGAAGACAUAUAUCCAUGAUUUCUAUGUUUUUUAAACCACCCUUUUAUUGUUCACAUUAAGUCCUGUGUUGGUCCAUAAUUAUAAAAGGUAAAUUUCUUACAACAAAUCUUUAUCAGUUUCUGAAUCUUAACAAGCUAGUUCCUUAGGUCUUCUGUUACACAUUUGCUAUAGUGGGUAUACUGCACUGAACUAAAGCAGUUCAACUGUCUAGGCAGAGUUUAAUCGAUUAAAACUUAAAUAUUGGAAACAAAAUGAAAUGCAAGAUUACUUACUGAAAACAUGAAGAUAUUUUUCUUAUGUACUCUUUGGCAUAGAGUGGAUCUGACCAUUGAGGACUGAUGGCCAUAAUAAUAUAGCAAAGUUAAUCAAGUUCCAGCCUUUUAUGGCUUAAAGCAACCCCAGUGGCAAUAAUCCUAGUUUGAAUUCCACAUGAAUCAGGUCCAUUAAAAUCAGGGGGAUAUUUUGCAUGGAAUAGUCUCCUUGAUAGCUGUCAUAAUUUUGUUUAGAUAUAUGUUUGCUGUAAAAAAUUUUAAAAAUCCAGGCAUGUCUCUGUAAGUUAUCAUGCAAUUCACAAAAAAUGUUGCCAUUCUUAGUCUAAACAAUGUUUUAAAACUCAUUUAUCCAUCCUUGUUACUGUAGGCAUAUUGCUAAAUGAAAGCUAAGAUUUUGUGGAAGCAAAAUGACUCUAUGAACUUAAUGAAUGUUACUCAUUUACAUCAGCAAGAGGAUGAGGCUGAUUAUACCUGAUGGGUUGGCCCUUCAUGAAGUUCUAUAGCUUUAAUUAUUUUUACUGAGGCCUUAAUCCCAUGAUAGAUUCAAUCCAAUUGAAUUUCUUCUAGCCUGGCUACAAAUCAAGGAAGGUGCACAUGAAACAGGUGAAAUUAAAAUUAAAUUUGCAUUUUAUUUCCAAGUUCAUCUACACAAACAAAUCCACCUGGAGUCAGAUACAAAAGUCCUAGACUUAAAGUUUUAUUAAUUCAGCUGGCUUCUCAAGAUUGCUGGUGUUGGAAUGAAACAGAGAUAAAUUUGUUAAUAUGGGUGAAUUACAAGAUUGAGUCCAAUAUGUCUUUUUGACUUUUGAGUCACUGGCAUAAAACUUUACUGCAGCACAGGGCAGCAGUUCACUUAAUAUGUUUCCAAUCUUGCCUAUGCAAAAACAAGUGUGUUUACUUAUUUAGUAGAUACCAAACUUUGGGGUACUUGCUGUGACCAAUUAUCCUUCUGUUUUAGGCUUGCUUUGCUUUGUUCUCAUGGACAUUUGUUGCAUUUAAAAUUGGGAUAGGAAACAUUUUCUCAUUCAGAUUUUGUUGGACUCUAGGUCCCAUCAGCCCCAGCCAGCAUGGCCAGACAUCAGGAAUGAUGGGAGUUGUAGUCCAACAAUAUCUGGAAGGCCACAAAUUCCCCAUCUGUACUUUAAAGCUUUCUGCUGUUCUGCUUAUUAGAAAUAAUUGAGAUAUAAAAAUGAAUGCACAAAACAGUGACUGUUGGCCCUUGAUAGCCUGAACAACUGCAGUCUUACACAUAGCUGGUAGUAAGUUCCAUUGAAGAAAGCAGGAGCUGCUUCUAAGUACAUACAUAGAGGAUCAGACUGCGGCACUAAUCUUGCCAACAUUGAUUGUGUUUCUUCUAUGUAAGCAAAAAUACAGGAUUAGCUAUAACAUAGGUGUUUUGAUACUAAAACAUUCCAAUAACUACAUCCACACCAUACAUUUAAAGCACUCUUACACCUCUUUGACAGUCAUGGAGAAUUCUGGGAACUGCAGUUUGUUAAGAGUUCUGGGAAUUGUACCUCUGUGAGGUCAGCACCUUUAACAAACUGCAGUUCCCAGGAUUCAUGAUGGUUAAAGUGGUGUAAGAGUGCUUUAAAUGUAUGCUGUGGAAUACAAAAACUGAGUGGAUAUCUGUAACUUGAAACUAACUCUUGAUUUAGUUCCCUACAUUUCAAGUUUGAGGACAUACAUUUUCUGUUGCCUUUUCAAUAUUUACGUUUAAUCUAGCACCAUAAAGUCCUCCUCAAUGAAAGUGACCCAGGUAAGAGCAAGCACAUGUGUUUCCAAUAAGCUUCCUAGUACCACACAGAUGCAGGUGCAUAACUAAUUUAUAGUGAAUGGAUAAAGAAGAGAUUUUGUUUGUAGUAAUUUUGCUCUAAAAAAAAAAGUAUUGGCCUUUGAAAUUACGGCAUCAUUUUAUACUUAAGGAAAUAAAUAAUUUUAUUUGGA